UUGUUUUCGAAAGAGGGUAAAGUGUGGUCUCAACGCUGUAGAGCGCCAGAGUGUUGACAUACUUAUCAGCGUCUAAUCAAAAAGGGCAGUUGUAUAGAAUAUUCUGCGGGGUGACAUUGUCACUGACAAUGGAGACCGAUAAAGCUGAUGCAAGAGGUCACGUGAUCGACUCUUGUAAAUAGGGACACUGAAGAAGAUUCGGGCAUCAGUGUGCAACGUCCUUCCUCCGUCUACCUAGGACCUCUGGACCAAGCGUUGCUUCAACAGGAACAGUCCAGAACACCAAAGAUGGCAACACUCGUAAACGGUUCCGGUAUCAACGUCACUAACCUCGUGGUCGACAAUGCUGCAAAGACAUCCUCCCAGACAGGUACGUUCAAGGUGAAGGCCGGGAUGGCCCAGAUGGCAAAGGGUGGGAUCAUCAUGGACGUUACCACACCGGAAGAAGCAAGAAUCGCAGAGGAAGCUGGGGCAUGCGCAGUGAUGGCUUUAGAACGAGUUCCGGCCGAUAUACGCCGUCAAGGUGGUGUUGCUCGAAUGACAGAUCCCAAGAUUAUUAAAGGGAUAAUCGCCGCCGUCACUAUUCCCGUCAUGGCCAAAACCCGCAUCGGUCACUUUGCUGAGGCGCAGAUCCUGGAGUCGCUGGGAGUGGACAUGAUUGACGAGUCAGAAGUGUUGACGCCAGCUGACGAAGAAAACCACAUUGACAAACACCCGUUCAAGGUUCCCUUUGUGUGUGGAGCCAGAGACCUAGGCGAGGCAUUGAGGAGGAUCUCCGAGGGUGCGGCCAUGAUCAGGACCAAGGGAGAGGCCGGGACAGGCGACGUGUCGGAAGCGGUGCGACAUGCUCGAACUAUCAACAAACAGAUCAAGAUAGCCCAAGCCCUCGACUCCACAGAACUCUUCGCAUAUGCCAAAGAACUCCGAGUUCCAUAUGACCUUCUUAAGAAAACUGCGGAACUGGGACGACUUCCGGUAGUCAACUUUGCAGCUGGGGGACUUGCUACUCCGGCCGACGUGUCGUUACUGAUGCAGCUGGGGGUGGACGGUGUUUUCGUUGGGUCAGGAAUAUUCAAGAGCUCCAACCCUCCCCCUCGGGCACGUGCAAUGGCGCAGGCUGUCACCCACUUCCGGGAUGCUGCAAAACUGGCACAACUGAGUGAAGACCUCGGGGAAGCCAUGUUUGGCAUUCCUGUCAACCAAAGGCAACCAAAUGUGGCCGGCACGUCCGUUGAUAUGAAGAUGAAGGACAUGAAAAUCUGGGAUGCAACGUUAGGAAACCCUAAUAAGUCCACUCAUGCUUGAUCUUAUAUACCGUGUCGCUAUGUCUCAUUCGACAAUAACGUUCACUGUUUUCAUUGUACGUAAUCUGUAUAUAAAGUUACCACAUACCUGCACUCAUCAGUUGUAAUCGAAUUAGGAAUCUCAAAAAGCCAGGGCGGUGGGGUAGCCGACUAUUAAAAGCGUUCGCUCGUCACGCCAAAGAUCCGGGUUUGAUUCCCCACAUUGGUAUAAUGUGUGAAGCCAGUUCUGGUGUUCCCCGCCGUGGCAUUGCUGGAAUAUUGCUAAAAGUGGCGUGAAACUAAAACUCAGUCACUCAAGGAGUCACAUAUUUUGGUUUUAAUGUAAACACGCUCAUUUUUAACCCUUAUACACCUUGUACCUUUUCCAAAAAUAAUUGAAUAGCUAUUAUGGUCACAUUAUUUCGUCACAGGUAUAGUCGAUGUCACGUAAUUAUGUACUCAUAUGAAUAAAAUCAAUGCCUGUUUUA